AUGGAGCUCGACAGCCACCGCAUCGCCGACAUCAAGAACCGCAUCGCGGAGCUCGACGAGGAGGCAGCCACAACGACGAGCCCCGGGAGGGAGCGCCGCCUGCUCCCAUCCACGUUUGUCGCCGUCUCCGCCGUCGUCUGGUCGUCCGUCGUCCGGGCCAGGUCGCCGCCCCAGCGGGACGACGGCGCAGGUGCCGGCGCCGGCGACGCGAGCACGCACCUCGUCUUCCCUGCCGACUGCCGCCCGCGGCUGGACCCGCCGGUCGACGUGGCCUACUUCGGCAACUGCGUCCGGGGCUGCGCUGCCUCGGCGGCCGCGCGGGAGCUGGCCGAGGCCCCGCGGGGCGUCCUGCGCGUGCGCGACGCGAUCCGGAGCGCAGUCGACGGGUUCGCCGAGCGGCCGAUGGAGGCGUUCGACACGUGGCUCGACGCCGUCGGCGCCAUGCUCCGGCAGCCGGGGUUCGUGGCGGUGACCGCCUCGCCGCGGUUCCGGCCCUACGACGCCGGUGGAGUUCGUGUCAGAGAGCACGCCCGAGGGCAUGGUGGUGGUGACCGGCGGGAGGAAGGAGGCGAGCAUGCAUGUCUCGGCGUGUCUCCGCCCGGAGCACAUGGUCCGGCGUUCAGGUCACAACUUCUUGAUUGGUGA